AUGCUCCUUAUGGAGGCAGAAGGCAGAAGCUUCCACGUCUACGACCUCCUGGCGAACUGCAGCGAACGCGACGUCAGAUGUCAAUACGAACUGGGAGUCUUCUACUUCCUCGGCGUGCCUCCGCUACCCGCGCGGAACUUGACGGCGAGUCUCGUGCUGUGGCAUGGCGCGGCCCUGGGAGGAAGCGCCGACGCGCAGUAUGCCCUCGCGCUGCUCCACUCGAACCUACGGGACUUGCCGCCGCUCCCAGCCUUCGCGUCCUCCCCCGGGGCCUCCGCCGCGGCUGCACGGAGGCCUGCGGCGCCGCCGCCGCGCGUGGUAGUCGACGAUGACUUGAGCGUCACCCUGCAGGACGACGGCGGCGCGGCGGCUGCGCUGGACUUCUCCGCCGUCGCCAGGUACUCCGAGGCCCUCAUGCGGCGGCAAGAGGAGAUCGAGGCGCAGCAGCGGAACCUCUGGUGGCUGCCGCUGCGCGUGCUGGAGCGCGGCUGGGCACUCGUUACCGCGGCGCGCGACAGUCUCCUAGGCAACGCGCCGCGGGCGCGCACAGACGCCGAGCUGCGCGCGCUCUUUGGCGCCGCGGAGGACGCCGCGCGGUCGAUGCCCAACUUCGCAGCGAACCCUGGCGGCGCAGCCCUCGCGGAGCUCUACGCAGCCGCCGCCAGCGGGCACCCCGGCGCCUCGAUGGCGCUCGCCGCCCGCACGCAGCUCGCGACUGCCGACGUCUCCAUGCGACAGGGGCAAGCUUGCUCAGCAGCGGUCAACUUCUACCUCCCGUACGCGAAGCGCGUCGCUGUGUCCUACGGCGGAGGCAUCCCGCAGGCGCCCGAGCUGCUGCGGUUUCACUCUCCGGCAGCCAGCGUGUCGGGCGUGCCGGCGGCGGGCGGGGGCCUGCUGCGCUUCGCUCCGGCGUCGCUCUCCCCUGGCGAGUCCGCCGCCGCGGCUCCGCGGGGGACUGGGCGCCGCGACGAGCGCGAAGGCAGCGCGGCGCUGCAUCGCCUUCAUCCCGACUCCCCGGACCUUGACGUUCUCAGCGAGCUCGCGCACCGCGGCAACGCGGACAUGCAGCUGGCGCUUGGAAAACGUUAUUUGUUUGGCGUCGACGGGAUCCAGCAGAAUCCGCAGCGUGCGCGCGAGCUGCUGAGUGGCGCAGCUGAUGCUGGCAGGACUGAGGCGCGGGCGCUGCUAGGCUACAUGGACGCUUUAGGCGUCGGCGGAGAACCGGACCUCUUCUCCGCUACGAUGCACUUCCUCGCCGCGGCAGCGCGCGACGACCAACCAAUGGCGCUGAACGGCUUGGGGUAUCUUCACUUUUUCGGCACUGAGUUUAUACACAAAAAUGAGCUGGCGGCCUUUCACCUCUUCAAUAUCAGCGCCGCCCACGCGUUCCCCGAUGCCGAGGCGAACCUUGCCGCGAUGUUCGUUACAGGACACGGGCAUGCGCAGUCGUUCGUCAAAGCGAUGCACGCGUACACCAAGGCGCUUCGCAGCGGCUCCACGGGCGCUGCGUACGCACUCGGCCUGAUGCAUCUGAACGGCCUCGGCGCAGUGCGCGACUGCGCAGUGGCCUCCUCGCUCCUCAAACGCGUCUGCGAGAAGGGAGGCUACGUGACGAAAAAUCUGCAAAAAGCCUACAUGCUCUACGAGCGAGGUCUCUUCGAGGAAGCUGCCUUCCACCUUCUUCUCCUUGCCGAAGCUGGGCACGAGGUCUCCCAAACCAACCUCGCGUUCAUGUUUGACAGCGGACUUACCGAUCUCUUCUUUGACGGGACCGUGGAGAGGCAGCGUCUGCAUGCGCAGCGCUUCUACCAGAUGGCUGCGGCGAACGGCUCGCCGCUCGCAGAACUUCGCCUCGGCGAUUUCGCGUACUACGGCUACGGCGUGGAAAAGCAAAUCCGAGCGAGGCGCCCGACUGAACCGCUUCUCGAUGACGACGGCAACGACAUGAGCGACUGGAUCAGCGAGGCAUACGAGGUCUACACGCCGCGCCGCCCAAGUCUGCGCGUCGCCGUGGGUCACUAUCAUCGCGUCGCCGACAUGACUCCGGACGCGAAGUGGCUCGCGGGAUACGUGGCGAAGGCGUCGUUCAACCUCGGAUUUAUGCGCAUGCAAGGUCUAGGGCUCACGCAGGACUUUGGCCUGGCGCGUCAGCAUUUCGAACGGUGCCUCUACGUCGACCCCGCAGCUCCGCGAGCACCCGUCUACCUCGCCUUGGGCCUGCUCAAGUUCCUCAAAUGGCGCCAGGAGGUGGAUCUCCGUCAGAUCCUGCGAGAGCUGUUAGAAGACCCGCGCAUCGUGCUGCUGCUCCUGAUGUUCGUGCUCAUGACCGCGCUCGCGUUACUCCGUGUUCUAACCAGGAGACUGCAACCUCCACCGCAUGACGUUUUCUUCGCUUCACAUGCGCAUCCGGUCGCGCCGCCGUCGGCUCCCGCCCCGUCCGCGGCGUCGUCGGGGUCCUUGGGCUCUUCUGCGUCGCCGGCGUCAUCUCCCGCCUCGUCUGGGCCUGCCUCCGCUGCGUCGACUUCUGCUGCUGCUGCUGCGCCGUCUGCUGAACCUGACUCGAAGUCUCCGACGGAGGCACGCGCGCCUUCUCUCUUUGAAUCGCCCGUUCGGCGGAGCUCGUAUCCCCAUUUUCGAGGCGUUUGCCGUGGGUCGUCCUUGCCGUCGUCGUUUCUUCCGACCGCGGGUGUCUCUUCGGGCGUGUCUCUGGAGCCCGAAGCGCCGGCCCCCCCGGCGGUCGGAGGCCCUACGGAGCCUGCGGAGGACGAGGGGGGGUUGCAGGCGAACUCGGGCUCCAGCGGGGCGGCGCACAGCGACAGAAUGCGCCGAGCACAGCUGUUUGAGGCGGCUGCGGCGAAGCGAGAGAAGGAAGCCGCUGCGCUCCAGUUAGGGGAAAGUCGCGAAAACGCGUUUUCUUCGGAGACCGACCACGAGGCGCAAGGGGGUGACUCGCAGGGGUCUGAGCAGGUCGAGGGAGGCCAGGCCCUUCCCGCCACGAGUCACGCCAACGGUUUGGGCGCUGAAAACGCCGGCGGCUACGCGGGCUUUGAACAUGAAAGUGACGCAGUUCCGCACUUGCAGGCAGAGCCAAGCCAGAGUGUCGAUACAGCCGAGGGCGGGAUGCUGCAGGCUACAGGGAAAGACAUUUGGAUGCGGUCAGAGGACGGAAACCGUGCCUCUGUCUCAAUGCAGUCAGAAAUGCCCGGUGUGUCGAGAGAGCAAGCAGAAAAUGGGAACGGCGAGUCCGCGCGAAGCAAAGAUUUUGACGCAGAUGUGCGGACGUCAUAG